ACCCCGCCUAUUUCUACAAUGUAUCUUAAAAUGUGAUUUAAAACCUAAUGUUAACGACACUUCUAGUCUUUUGCCUAACCAUAUCUUUAAAUUAAGACCAAAAAGCACAUUUGUGUUUACAUGAAUUACAAUAUAUUUGGACUGUAUGGCUGUGGUAAUUAGUGGAAGGGCAUCAACCGGGUCCGCGCCACCAACAUACGAAGGACAGCAUCGACCUCGACCAGACAUUCGCAACGCAGGCUGUAGUGGGACAGAAACCUCGUAGAGCCAAAGAUCGCGUAUCCAUCGUCAGAUUAACAUUUUCAGUUCUAAUUGCCUCAUCGUCUCGCACAUUGCAGAGCCUUUGGAAACCUGGCUCAACAAGGACACAACUUCACCAUGUCAGCAACCAUUCAGAGAAAGACUGGCAUGGCCAACUCUGCUGAAGCCAAGAAAACAGAGCUCAGAAUUAAUGAGAAGAAAUGCUCAUGGGCAUCCUACAUGACAAACUCUCCCACAGUGAUUGUAAUGAUCGGCCUACCUGCCAGGGGAAAGACCUACAUGUCUAAGAAACUGACACGGUACCUCAACUGGAUAGGGGUGCCAACCAAAGUGUUUAACUUGGGUGUCUACCGCCGAGAGGCCGUCAAAGCUUACAAGUCCUACGACUUCUUCAGGCACGACAACAAGGAAGCCAUGGAAAUAAGGAAACAGUGUGCCCUGGUAGCCCUGGAGGAUGUGAAGGGAUAUCUAACUGAAGAAGGUGGACAAAUCGCUGUAUUUGAUGCAACAAACACAACAAGGGAGAGGAGAGACCUCAUUCUUGAUUUUGGGAAAGAGAAUGCAUUCAAGGUGUUCUUUGUGGAGUCAGUGUGUGACGACCCAGAAGUCAUUGCUGCUAAUAUUCUGGAAGUGAAGGUAUCCAGUCCAGACUACCCAGAGAGGCACAGGGAGAGAGUGAUGGAUGACUUUCUCAAACGCAUAGAGUGCUAUAAGGUUACAUACCAACCUUUGGAUCCCGACGAUUAUGACAAGGACCUAUCCUUCAUCAAGGUGGAGAACGUGGGCCGGCGCUUCCUGGUGAACCGGGUGCAGGACUACAUCCAGAGUAAGAUAGUGUACUACCUCAUGAACAUCCAAGUGCACUCUCACUCCCUCUACCUGUGCCGGCAUGGAGAGAGCAAUCACAACAUGGAGGGCCGUAUCGGAGGUGACUCGGAGCUCUCCCUAGGAGGAAAACAGUUUGCUCAUGCCUUGCACAGCUUCAUUGAGGAGCACAAACUGUCUGACUUGAAGGUGUGGACUAGCCAGCUGAGACGCACCAUCCAGACUGCUGAGGAGCUGAUUGUGCCCUACGAACAGUGGAAGAUCCUCAAUGAGAUUGAUGCUGGUGUGUGUGAGGAGAUGACCUAUGACAUGAUCCAGAAAUCCUUCCCAGAGGAGUUUGCCCUGAGGGACCAGGACAAGUACCACUACCGCUACCCAGGGGGAGAGUCCUACCAGGACCUGGUGCAGCGGUUAGAGCCUGUCAUCAUGGAGCUAGAGAGACAGGGCAACGUGCUGGUUAUCUGUCACCAGGCUGUCAUGCGCUGCCUGCUGGCCUACUUCUUGGACAAGAGUGCAGAUGACCUGCCCUACCUGAAAUGUCCACUGCACACAGUGCUCAAACUCACUCCUGUUGCGUAUGGCUGUAAAGUGGAAAUGUUUUAUCUUAAUGUGAAGGCAGUGAACACACAUCGCGACCGACCACUUGAUAAUGUCCCGAGGGACCCAGCUCCCAUGCUGCUCCGACGGAAUAGUUAUACCCCCCUGUCCAGUCUCGACCAGUUCAACCGGCCCAGGCUCUACAGUGCCGGCAACCGGCCCUGGCUCCCUGAGAUGCCAGAGGGGAUGUUGCAGCAAAGCCAACCUCGUAUAGGAAGCUGUUUUCUGACUCCCUGUGUGAAGGAGUCGACUAUGACAGCCCAGAAACUAGUGGCUGUUUCCGCUUCUGAGUGACUACGAAGUCACCUUCAUGUUCAGCUGGUGCCUCAGUUUCUCCCUGUGACCUGAAGCUUAUCAUCAUCCUCUCCUCCAUUUGUCUGCAUGCCAAACCUCUGGAACAACUGGUGGAAUACUGUAACCAAAAAAAAGCAGUUGUAGAAACAUCUCACGGAUGAUCAUUGGAAACAGGAUGCACCUGAGCUCAAUUUCGAUUCUCAUAGCAAAGGGUCUGAAUACUUAUGUAAAUAAGGGGUUUCAACCUGUUUUCGCUUUGUCAUUAUGGGGUAUUGUGUGUAGAUUGCUGAGGAUUAUUUAUUUAUUUAUUUCAUUUUAGAAUAAGGCUGUAACGUAACAAAAUGUGGGGAAAAAAUCUAGUGGGCUGUGUAUUAUAUAUAUAUUAUAUAUAAUUUUAGAUUAGAAGUUAGUCCAGUGCUCUUUAAAAAUUGGGGCAUGCUGCAUAAUAAAUAUGUGUAUAAUCAUACACAUGAAGGUUCCAAAUAAAUGUCAAGAGGUGUGACUAUAUAUUUGAUAGUUUUCCAAGGAUAGCCUGCUCUGCUCAAGAAUGUACUGUAUUCAAUACACGGCUGCGUGAAUUUUAACAUGCCAAAUGUUGCCUGUUGAUAUGGACUUCAUUGCAUCAAUCAGCUAGUUUAGCAUUGUUGAAUUGUAUUUAAGACGUUUCUCCAGUAAUUGUAUUAAAGAAUCAAUGAAGAUAUAAAACAGA